AUGAAAGCAUAUAGACAGAGGCAACGCCAGAGACUUCAGCCGCACACAAGAAACCUUGGGGGCAGAGCGAUUUUGUGGGAGCGGUCUCUACCGGCCAGAGAGAUGGUAACAACGUCAUGUGGACGGAGCAUCAGUUACGGGAAUAUUACAACGGCGAACGUGAACCAGCUUAGGAAGAUGAACGCUUCGCUAUUCCCAGUCCGGUAUCCCGACCAGUUUUACGCUGAUAUCCCUGACGCAAACCCGGACUUCAAUCAGUUGGUGUACGUUGACAACGUGGCCGUUGGAGCGGUUUGCUGUCGAAUUGAGCCCCCAAAGUCGCCAGGAGGACACGAUUCGCUGUACAUCAUGACUCUGGGCGUACUUGCAACGUGGCGACGACGUAACAUCGGGACCCAUCUGCUGCGGCGAGUACUGGAAAGCCUACCACGUCACCCUUCGGUCAAAGAAGUGUACCUACACGUGCAGACAAAUAAUGACGAAGCAGUUGGAUUUUACAAGGUGAAGUGGCAGGAGAUGUGUGUCUCUGGAGUGUUGGACUAA